GCAGCUAAGGAGCCGGCCUGCAACCUGCCGGGGCGGCUCUGGUAGGCGCAGCUGGUGGAGCGGCCGCCUCACACCUAGCACCGGAGGGAUCCGGUUGAGUAGGCGGGGGACGCGGGGCGUCGCUCUCGUAGCCCUUCUCCUCGCCCCGCAGUGGACGUCUCAGAGGCCGGCAGGGCAGAGUAACCCCGUGCCCCGCCCCUUUCCUGUCAUCUUUGGGACACCGCAGCGACAACCCGAAGAGGGCGCAUCACAAUAGGGCGGUUUAUCUGAGCAGGCUGGACCUCUAUGAGGGAGAAGGAAAUGGAACACCUACAUGUCUAACUGGGUUAUGGGUGCUACAUGUGUGCUUUCAGAGCAAUAGUGUGAGGAAACUUGAAGUGGGAUGGCAGGACGGCCUCAUCCCUAUGACAGUAACUCCAGCGAUCCAGAGAAUUGGGAUCGGAAAUUGCAUAGUAGACCUCGUAAACUUUAUAAACAUUCAAGCACUGCCUCACGUGUUGCUAAGGGAGGAGUCGACCACACUAAAAUGAGCCUGCAUGGUGCUAGUGGAGGACACGAGCGGUCGAGAGAUAGACGAAGGUCAAAUGACAGAUCACGAGAUUCAUCUCAUGAGCGAGCCGAGUCUCAGCUUACUCCUUGUAUUCGAAAUGUGACUUCACCAACACGACAGCACCAUGUUGAACGAGAAAAAGAUCAUAGUUCAUCUCGUCCAAGCAGUCCUCGUCCUCAAAGAGCGUCCCCGAAUGGCUCCAUGAGCAGUGCUGGGAGCAGCAGCAGAAACAGCAGUCAGUCGAGCUCAGAUGGUAGCUGUAAGACUACCGGGGAGAUGGUGUUUGUGUAUGAGAACGCAAAAGAAGGCGCGCGGAGCGUGAGGACAUCUGAGCGAGUGACACUGAUAGUGGACAACACCAGAUUUGUCGUGGACCCGGCCAUUUUCACUGCGCAGCCAAACACGAUGCUGGGCAGGAUGUUUGGGUCCGGCCGAGAACAUAAUUUCACACGUCCCAAUGAAAAGGGAGAGUAUGAGGUGGCAGAAGGAAUUGGUUCUACUGUGUUUCGAGCUAUUUUGGAUUACUAUAAGACAGGAAUCAUCCGCUGUCCUGAUGGUAUAUCUAUUCCUGAGCUGAGAGAAGCAUGCGAUUACCUAUGUAUCUCUUUUGAAUACAGUACAAUUAAAUGUAGAGAUCUCAGUGCCCUUAUGCAUGAGUUAUCAAAUGAUGGUGCUCGUAGACAAUUUGAAUUUUAUCUGGAAGAAAUGAUCCUCCCUCUCAUGGUAGCAAGUGCCCAGAGUGGGGAACGAGAGUGCCAUAUAGUGGUGCUUACAGAUGAUGAUGUGGUUGAUUGGGAUGAGGAGUAUCCACCACAGAUGGGAGAGGAGUAUUCACAAAUUAUUUAUAGCACAAAAUUAUAUAGAUUUUUCAAGUACAUUGAAAACAGAGAUGUGGCCAAAUCAGUUUUGAAGGAGAGGGGUCUUAAGAAGAUUAGAUUGGGAAUAGAAGGCUAUCCUACCUACAAAGAAAAAGUAAAGAAAAGGCCCGGAGGUCGCCCUGAAGUCAUUUACAACUAUGUCCAAAGACCCUUUAUUCGAAUGUCCUGGGAGAAGGAGGAAGGAAAGAGUCGGCAUGUAGACUUUCAGUGUGUGAAGAGUAAAUCUAUCACCAACCUGGCAGCAGCUGCCGCAGACAUUCCCCAGGACCAGCUGGUAGUCAUGCACCCUACUCCACAGGUGGACGAGCUGGAUAUCCUCCCCAGCCACCCUGCCUCGGGCAAUAAUGACCUCGAUCCUGAUGCACAGAAUCCAAUGCUGUGAUGCUGAUGUUCCUGAAACCAUAGCCUGCUACUCUUCACAGUGACGUCGUACUCCUCAUUCUGCACUGCGAGGCCACUUUUCUUCAUUGUGAGAUGCACAUGUUUAGGAUACUGCAGUGUAGGCUUUUUUAAAGACCAAAGGUAGCUGAAUGGUUUUUUAAUGAGUACAACUUUAGCAUCCUGGUUCCAGUUCUAUAAAUGUAUUUGUUUACCAGUAGGUUUGUGGAAUUGGUUCUUUGUACGGGGACAGUCCUUUUUCACACAUCUCGGUCUCAGAAGUCGUGGGAAUUGGCAGCUGGGGUACUUUCAGUGUAGAUUGGUACUCAUCAUGCCCCAGAUAAAAUGCAGAAUAUUAAGAGUUGCACUUUAUAGAGGGUGGUUAAAUGAAGCUGUUGAAGCCAUGUUAGAGUGGUGGUGCACAGUAUAACACAAGCGCUUCUAUCAGAGUAUUCCUCAGUACAGUAUGGGUAGUUGGCCCACAAGAAGCAAAAACAUAUUUAUCUUGAGUUUGUUUGAGUGAUGAGGAGAGAUUUGAUGCUCCUAAUGUUGGUUCACUCAUCUCCAGAGCCCUGAACCCCUUUACAGUGAGUCAUAUGCAGGAAGGGUGAACGUCAGGAGAUGGUUUACUGUCCAGUCUGCCUUACCCUUAAUCAGUUCAGAUAUUUAUUUACUAAUGCUUUUUUUUUUAAGAGUUAAGGGAUAGGAAAAUGAACUGUUUGCUCUUCAUUUACUAAAUGAUUGUAAACUCGAGUUUUUCAUCAAAAUAAAAUUCCAUUGUUUUAAUGUUUCUGACCACUUUAUAAAUAUGUUGACUAGAUUCUGUGUCAUGUAUGCGUAAGUAUAACUAGAAAUCAAACGGUAGCCCAAAGAGCUCUUUGGCAUAUUUAUAAGAGGCACUUAAGUUUCCCAUAAAUUCUGAAAAGUCACUCUAAAUCCAAAGCAGUUGAUCAGGAUUUUCAGGAUCUGAAAGUAGAGUGACUCUGAGCCCUAAGUUUCAGUGUUAGUUUCUGAUUCAUCAGUCUGACUGCUCUGUUCAGCAAAUUGUUUAAAUAGUUGAUGGUCUACAACAAAGAAAGUGUUUUUAGUGCUUUAGGUCUUGAGAUCACUUAACUAUUAAUAGUCAUGUGUUGUACAGGACUGUCCUCUAAGCCACUUGAAGUAUUCAGCUGUACCUGCUUGCCAGGAGUUGUCUGUUUGCAUCCCCCACCCCCAGGGAGGUAUGGAGAGAAUCACGAGACCCUCACCUGGGUAGCCAGCUCUUCUACCUCCUGUUCUUUAACUGCAGGUGGCCUCAGGGAGGGGCUAAGAGUAUAUAUGGGUAAAGGCUUUCUCAAGUGGCUUUUGGGGACAGGAGCAUCCCUCUAGGGAACCUCUCACUUAUGCUCUGUAAGGAAGCCCAUUAAACCAUUGGUUCCCAGAGUGAACUUUGGAUUGGUGGCAUCAUGCCUCGGCCUGUCAAUGGGACACAAAAGGGAGGGUUGAUGUUGCUUAUGUCUCUACGUGGGAAGGAGUUCUAGCAGCACCAUAAAACUACAGGUCUUAGAGAAGCCAGUUUAUGAUCUUGAAUUCAAAGGAUUUAAAUUUAGAGUUAACCAUCUCUGUUUUCAUAUAAAUUGAGAUGGCUACAUUUGGGAUUGAACUAUUUUUGUAAUAUGUCUGAGCUAGUAGCCC